AUGUCAUUGACCUAUAAUAAACCUUUGAAUAUACCCAUAACAAAAAUAGUUAAACCCGCAACAGCAACAACGGCAAAAUCAACAUCAUUGCAUACUUUGUUGUUGCUUAUGCUAAUUAAUUUGCUGGUCAUCGUUCUCGGUCCAACCGUAUCGGCACAAAGUGGGGAAAUCAAACUGACAGCAACUGUGGCAGCAGAUCAGUAUGACUUGGAUGAGUAUUUGAAUACGCAAACGAUACUGAUCGACACCCUAAGGCACUAUAUCGGAGCAUUGGAACAGAAAAUUAAUGUUUUAAAGCGCAAAACAUAUCAAAUCAAAGCCAUCAACGAUGUGGCGUUAACGGAUGUUCACAAAUAUGUAAACAAUCCCUUGAAUGCGUUGACUAUCCUCAAACGCUUCACCUCUGAUUGGCAUAUUUUACAACAACACGCGCACAAUGUUAAUAGUACAACAGAAAUCGUUCAAAAUCUUACGAAUACCAGGAAGUCAUUGAAAUUCCCGAGCGAAAGUGAUUUCGAUGAAGCUGCCAGUAAUCUGUUGCGUAUUCAAGGCAUCUACCAGCUCGAGCCGGAGCUUUUGGCUAUGGGCCAAGUGAAUGGUGUGAAAUUGGGCUCUGCAAUGUCCUGGAGCGACUGUCUGGAAAUCGGUCGUAUAUCAGUAAAAAAUGGUGAUUUUAUUAUUGCAAAAUAUUGGAUGGAAGUGGCAUUAGGAAAACUGCCUACUGAGGAGAAGGGGAUGAAUGCAACAGAACAAUCGCCCACAACCGGCGGCAGAAAUGAUGUGGUGGAAACAGCUCGCUUAGAGAUUAUGGAAGCGCUGGUGGCCACCGAAUUCACUAUGGGUAACGUUGUUGGCGCGCUGGAUAUGGUUAAUGAAAUGCUACAAAAGCAGCCCAAAAGCGAAUAUCUGCGAAAAACCAAAUUAAAAUUUGAAAAUGAAUUAGAAAAAUCUGCUGUAAAUUCUAGUAAAAAAUCAAAGCGACUUAUAAAGAAAAAAACGCAAAGUGACAAAUCCAUCGAAGAAUUGUUGAUUGAGGAGAUUUGUCGUGAGACAGCAAAUACUGGCGCCGCUACCAGAGGAAGCCACCAUAUUUUCAAUAGUCGCGCGCAACAUUGUCGGCUUGUUAGCAGAAAUCUGCCUGAGCUGGCGCUGCAACCAUUCCAAGUGGAGUUCGUAAGUCUGGAUCCCUAUGUCGUUAUACAUCACAAUUUCUUACGCGCGCGGGAAAUCAGCGACUUGCAACAGAUUAUCGAAGAAGAAUACGACAUUGAUGGGGACGUUGUGACAAAGUCGGCGAAUUUCAGCGUAGAGGAAAAGCUAGCGACUAUGGCAAAACGCUUGCAAUUAGCUACAGGGCAUACAAGUGCCGAUUUCUCAGACUGGAAGGUGGAAGGUUGGACAUUUGAGGAUGAUGUACGCGCAGAUCUGUUGGUGCCCAUGUCAACGCAAACAGUGGCGAAUGUGCUGAUCAAUCUACAAACACCCAAGCUGGGUGGUGCUAUUGUCUUUCCGCAACUGGAAUUGGGUAUAGCGCUGCCGCCGAAUGCGUUACUCUAUUGGGCGCAACUGAACGAGCAGCUUGAAUACGAUUAUCGAAGCAAACAACACAUCUGCCCGGUGAUUGCAGGCACACAACUCGUGGCAUAUACCAGUAUUAGAGCAUAAGGCACAUGGAAUUGUCUACAGUGGAUGGGUAGAUAUUCUGUGGAAUUUCAAAAUUGUUUUAACGGAUUUGUACAAGAUAUAUGUAUAUAUAUAAUGUA